AUGGAAGCGUACGACACUUUAUGGCCUGGUGUUGUCGAGGUCUCGGGGAAUCCAGCCGUGCACCCGGGUCGACGAGAAUGGCGUUUGGCUGCUCAAGAAAAUCCAGCCGUCUACCAUGUCCACCUCGCCAGCGUGGCCGACUUUGGAAAGGCGAUGUACCAUUCACAUGGGCUCAGUAACGAAUUCGACAGGCUGAGGUUGUUCCACCAUACCAAGGCGCUUGGGUUGGUGAGACAGAUGAUACAAUCCAUGGGCGCCGACGGGGUACCGUCCGAUGCCCUUGUCAUGGCGGUAUACAACCUUUCCUACCAGGCUACAGGCUGGGACUAUCGCAUCGUUCCCGAAAGUCAUCCUCCUUCGCCAGCAUUCAAGGCCCGAUUCCUGGGCGGCUACGGGAGGAAAGUUCCGCAUGACGACCACAUCCGCGCCAUGAAUACUCUCAUCCGGGCGAAAGGUGGAUUGCAUAAGGUCGAACUCGCUGGGAUCGCGGAGAUGAUCUGGCUAUGGAGCCUGGACAAUUGUUCGGCUCACCUUAGGACCCCGGACUUCCCACUUCUUAAGCAAUACGAGGCACACUUGACGAACUACAGGAGGAAUAUGGCGCCCUCGGUCUGCGAAGGGCCAUCCGAAGGGCAGGGUUCUGCGUUUCUAGUCCUUCCGCAGAAGGGCGACAUUGGCAGACUCCGCGACUGUUUGCUUUGUACAGCGGCCCUCACUGUCGAGUUCGGCGCCGUGGGAGAACGUGGUGAGAGGACAUAUGCAUUUCGGCGACUCGUGAGAAUUGCCCGCGCAAAUCAUCACCAACUGCUGAGCCUUCCAGCGGACACUAAUGACCAGGACACUCACGACAGGCUGAUAUUCUCGAUAACGCGGCUUGCUGCGCUGCUGUACCAUGACAUCGUCAUUUUCCCUCAAAUCGAUACCUCCGGGAUCAAGCCCCGGCUGGCCGAGCAGUUAAUGCACCUCCUGACUGAAAGAUCCCGGGACCUGUUCCCAGGGGCAGGACGAAAUGAGUAUCGUGGCUUGGUCGUUUGGGCUCUCCUCCUAGGGAGUAUCGGAUCCACAUGGACGAGAAACCGCACCUGGUUUGUCGAGCAGUUGCACUGGCGAAGCCAGGCUCUUGGGAUUGAAACAUUUGCUGAGCUCAAGACUUCCAUGUUGGAGUAUCUCUGGUUUGUGAACAUGGACGGACCUGCUCUGCGAGCGUGGACAGAGCGAGAGGCCGCCAUGCUCCCGUCAUACGAAGAUGGGUGA